UUGAUUUAAUUAUGUUGAGAAAAUAAAUAUUCAAUGAGACAAAUGCAAAUAUCUAAACCAUUUUGGAUGUUUUUAUAAUCUGAAUUCUGUAUUAAACCGUAGAAACAUGUCGUUCCUCGGUGGCAUCGGUGGUGGAGGGUCUGCGGCCCCAAAUAAAGCUCACGAUCAUGCGUCUGGAGAUGGGAAAUGCUGUCAAGGCAAAGAGCCAGAAAGCAAAGACCAUCCUAUAUUUAAUGCAGUCAAGUCUGGAAUGUUGAUACCAGUACAGACAAUUCAUGAAGAAGUGCCAGACAUUUUCAACAUGCGUGAUGACAAAGGCCACACGCCUGCCCACUGGGCAUGUCUGGGUGGGCAUUCCACAGUUCUCCGAUACAUGAUUGAGAGCAAGGCAAAUGUCAACGAGCCUAGUGACAAUGACUUGGGCGCAAGGCCCGUACAUUGGGCAUGUGUGAAUGGACAUAUUGCUAUUGUGGACAUCCUGUUACAGUCCGGUGUGUCAUAUGAUGUAGCCGACAACAAAGGCUGUACGCCCCUCAUAGUGGGUGCACAGUAUGGUCACACAAUGAUGGCUGGGUACCUGAUGGGAAAGGGUGCACGACUGCAGAUAUGUGACAAAGACGGCGACAAUGCACUUCACUGGGCAGCUUUUAAAGGUCACUCAGAAUUGAUGCGUCUUUUGAUUUACUCGGGUUUCAAUCCACGUCAGCGAGAUGUUUAUGGUCAGACACCCCUACACUUGGCAUGUAUAAGUGGCAAUAUAACAUCUGUACAGGAACUGUGUGAACAGGAUGGUGUGGAGGUAGAUGUAGCAGAUAAAAACGGAAAGACUCCCAUGUCCCUGGCUACUGGAAGAAAACAUGACGCUGUUGUCGAUUACCUCAAACGCCAAAUUAAACAGAAGAAAAGUUUAUUACCAAAAAUUGAUUUGUUAACUAUUGCCUUUGGUCCCCCUGGAAACAGUAAAGGAGCUAUUUUGUUUUUCAUGAUAAAUGUUCUGUGUUGGGGCUACCCUAUGUAUGUUCUCAAGUGUUUACCGUAUACCUGGAAUGAACUUCAGAUUCUUCACAUCUUAUUCUUCAUCUUCAAUGUCCUCAUGUGGUUUUGCCUAUUUCACGCCAGUACCACAGAUCCAGGAUAUUUACCAAGAAAUAUACCAGAAUAUGAUUUGGCAAUAAAACAGGUUGCUCAUUUUGAUGAGUGGAAGCAAGGAGAGAACCCUCUCAGUCGUCUGUGUCACACAUGUCGGACAGUCAAGCCUCUUCGGUCUAAGCACUGCCGUAUAUGUAACCGAUGUGUGACCAUGUUUGACCACCACUGUCCCUAUAUAUACAACUGUGUGGGAUACAAAAACAGGCCAUGGUUUUUCGCAUUUGUGAUCACUAUAUUAGUUUUGGCCAUCUUCACGAAUUACUUCUGUUACUUCCUGCUGCGGGACUUUGGCUGGGACUGGGUUGUGGUCAUUGGUGCUGUGGAGGCGGGGGUGGGUCUCACAGCUGUCACCGCGGUCUCCAUUCUAAUGACUUAUCACGCUGCUGCCAACAUUACGGCUAACGAGCGAGUGAACUAUAAGCGGUACCUAUACCUUAAGGAUGGAAAGGGGGCGUUUCACAAUCCUUUUAAUAGAGGAUUCGUUGAAAACCUCAAAGAAUUCUUCUUUUUACGAAAACUUUUAACUGAACGUGAUGUAGAAAUUCUUCACGUAUGAUGCGAGUGUAAACAGAUCUGUGGUAAAGACUGAUUGUAUGUGUUUUACUGAAAUUGCCAAACAGCUGUGUUCAUCAGGUUAUAGACGGUGUACUGUAAAAUCCUCUUCACAUCGACUUCACUCCCUUCCUUCACUCAAAGCAUUUUAAAUGGAUUUCACACUCCACUUGUAACAAAUAUGAUGCAUUCAUUUAGAAAAAUAAAUGAUUUCUGUUUUUGAUAAGUUUUUGAGAUUAUUGCAGGAAGUAACUUUAUUUGCUUUAAAUGACUUAAUUCUACAGUAAUAUGUUCCCUUGUUAGUAUUUUCUCAUACAAAGUAGUACUUAUUAAAAUGAAAUGCAUCGUAAUCGACUUUUUCAUCACAAACAUAUCUUUUAUAAUGAUGCAUUUUUCUAGUAUGAAUCUUUUCCUCAUCUUAGGUCUACAUGUAUCGAGGGUGCAUUGUCUUGGCUGAUCUUUUAUUUUAUAUCUGUCCUUGUUGUGUUUGAAGUUGAGGGUUCUGAAUCAUGAAACAUCUUAAAGAUCAUGUACAUGUAUAAAAUUCAAAUAGUCUAUAUUUGGGGAUCAUGGACAAUACACCAAGCCUGAACAGCUUUCUGAUAUGUUACUCCUCCAAUGUGUCAACACCUUGGGGUGUCAUAUCAGUACAGAAUUGAAUUACAUAGAUUAUAAUGGUUUAUCAAGAAAACAUGAUAAUAACCGGAAAGUGACAUUAAGCAAUGUGAUAUUAAGUGAAAUGUACUGUAUGAACAAUCAUGUAACCCGGUAUUAUUUUUAUCAAAAUUAUCAUGAUGUAGAGUCAUUAAUUUUAUUUUUAUUUUCGAGUAUCCAUAUCAUUUAAUUCAGUUACUGAUUACUGUGGGAGAGAUUUUUGUAUUUGAUAAUUAAUUGAUUUCAAUAUGACUAUCAUACGAUGUGCCAUGGAUUUAUGGAAUGUGUUCAACUGUAAUAUUUCAGUAAAGAGCAAGACUGAUUUAUCAGAAUGAGCAGCAUUGAUAAUGAAGGAGGGUGUUACUAGGUGUUUCUGAUGAAUGAACACACAUUUAAAAUAGAAUAUUCAUAGAAGUAGAUACAUGGUAGUAAUUUAUUUCUUUUACACUGUUUUAGAAAAGUAUAGCACCUUUAAGAAAAAGAUAGUGUGAUGGGAGUUAUUUCCAUAAACACAGAUAGAUGUGUUUUCUGGUUGCUACUUAAUGCAUUUUCAUUACCAAAUCAGAAACAGAUUAUAAAAACCUGAACCUGAUUUAAACAAAAUUAAAGUUUCAAAUUGCCCUCUUAGGACAGUUUCUGAUAGUGCAUGACUGAUGAUCUGUAGUUAACCCUGUCACCCCUGUAGAGCAUAAUGGACUCAUCCAGAUCAAUGAAUGGCAGAACUUUCUGAAGUUACAUAGGAAGGAAUAGGUUAAAUAUGUUGAUAUUUUGCAAACAGAACACCUACACAGUUAUAUUACACAUGUUGACCUCCUUAUCUCAGGAGAGUACCUGGAUGUUAUUAAGCAUGAUAUGGCUGUCUAUUAGUUAACGUGCUAUUAUGGAACUCCUGGAAUAAAUUGAGAACAAAUUCUUAAACAUACAGAACAUUUCUACAUUAUUAUAUCAUGUUAUUAAUGACCUCAGCUGUUAAUAGGACGCUAAACUCUGUAAAACCAAACUAAACAAUAUAUAUACCAAUCUGUUCUAUAGAAUGAUAUUUAUGUCUUAUUGUUGGUAUACUACUUAGCUCAAUUUUAUGUGCUCAAUGCACAUUUGCUGUUUACUUUUUGAAGUACAAUGUAAGUACCCUUCAAAAAGGGUAUGAAAAUGUAUUAAAAAAAAUCAUCUGCAGGUGACUAUUGAUUUCUCAACUUCAGGUCUGUAUUUCUGUAUCAUUUUUUUCUGGAUUAUGCAAACCUAUCUUUGUUGUUGACUUAGAUCAAAUACAAUAUACUUGGUACUCUUCCUUUUUCAAUAAUGCUCAAUUUUCUGUGUGUUUAUUAAGCCAGUAACAUUUUUGUGUAUUUAUGGACAACUAUUAAGUAGAUUGGUUAUGUUACAUCCAGGACAUCUUUCAGCAAUGUAGAGAUGAAAACUUUACAAAUGUUUUCUUAUAAUGAUCGAUUCAUAAAUAUACAUUUGUUAAUUAUUCAAUAGAAAAAAAAAUGUUUUUGAUUCUUUGUCUAUCAGACUGUUAUUCUAUAUUUCCCAUUUUUCUAUAAUGAAUGUUGAAAUAAUCAUGCUUACAGGGUGUACAGUAUUGUGACAUUUACAAUCAGAUGUGAUAUAUAAUUAUCAGAUUUAAAUCACAUUGUUGGACAUUAAUCGUAUAGUACUGUAGAGAUUAUAUCAUGCCGACUUCAGUUGUAAUCAUAUUUGCUGUGUUUUUAUAC